UCAGUAAGAAGCUGGUAUUUUCUAAAGCAAACAUUUUGAAAGAUUGUGCGAAAUAACAAUGUUCAAAUUGUUGCCACCACUACUACUACUCAGCACCUGCAUUGUGUGCGGUAUUGCCUCACCAGAGCCGGACGGUCGUUUCAAUUUCAUCAGCAGCAGCCGCAUCAGCGGCUCUUCCAUAAAACCGUUACAAACAAUAUCCUUGACAGCCAAGAGUCAGUACCCACCACAGCAGUAUCAGCAGCAGAUACAAUCAAAUACUGUUACGUCUGGGGAAGCGGACGACAAUAACGACUUGACGGACACUGUAGCCAGGCAAGACGGAAUUGCGCCCGCAUCUGUGACUACAAUAACUACCUCCUCACCAGUUCGCGGCAUCAAAUCGACUGUAGGAUCGCCCAUAACUCGCCUAACAGCUGUGGCUUCUGCUGGUUCGGCGACAGCAUCAGCAUCGGCAUCGCGUUCCGGGCUACGAGUGUCCUCUUCAAUUAACUUACCAUCAAGCAGCAGCUCUACGACAACUGUACAACAUCACAUCUUACCCGCCGAAACUCUACCCUUACCCAUCACCAUUUCUACACGUCCUGGACUGCGUACUGUUAUCGCACCGGAGACAAUAACUAUUCACGAGCCGACUGUAGCUAAGGUGGGUGAAGUGGUGCAGAAAAUACCGACUGCCGUGUCGCAUCAGAGCCAAACCGUUGUCCAUAAGCAUGCGCGUGUGGUCACGCCCAUUGUGGCACCCGCAGUGCGUACAAUCACGUCGCAAGUGUUGCGCGCCUAUCACACCCCGCUCAUCUUCGCACCUGAAACCACAGUCAUACGUGCAAGCGACUCAAAGCCAAAGGCAAGUGCAUCUGCAAGUGCAAGUGCAAGUGCAAGCGCCAGCGUCAGCUCGAAUGCAAACAACGCCGACGGCAGCGCAAACAUAUCGAAAUACAAAAACUGAAGCGAAAGAUGCUCUCAUUGCUGAAUUAGCUAUUAUUUACUUUAAAAUCUUUUGAAACUGCUCAUUGUGUUCCAGGCUAAUGUACUGUUUGAUAGGAAAUUUAUUUAAAAAUUUAAUUAUCAAAAUUUUACUCAAUGUGUCAUUUGGAAAUCUUUAAGUUUUGGAAUACAGAAAAUAAAACUGUAAUUUUUGGCAUUUACAAAA